AAAGAAAGUUCCGCGACUCGGGCAUCAUCUCUCUCUCUCUCUCUCUCUUCGUCUUUUGCUCUUUUUUUUAGAGCAGAUAUUUCUUUCUUUGCUUUAUUUUUUUUCUGAUCUGUUCAGGUUUCAGAGGAGAGAGGGCAAUUAUCCAAAAUGGUCAAGAAGAGCAAGCUCCUCCUGGCGCUUGAUGCGCACAAGGGCCGAGACUACGAAGCAGAGCGUCAGAAGAAGCUAGUCAAGGCGGCAGAGAAGAGGAAGGCCAAGAAGGCGAAGAAAGAGGAAGAUGGAGAGGAGACGGAUGAAAAGAAGACGGAAGUAAAGGCAGUUAAUGGAAAGAAGGAGGAGGAGGAAAAAGCACAGACAAAUGGAUCCGAGGAAAAUGACGAACAACGGGCCGAUGAGGAAUCUGAGGACAAGUCGGGCGCUGAGGAGGAAGAUGAAGAAGAGGAUGAAGAGGAGGAGGAGGAAGAAGAAGAAGAAGAAGAAGAUAUCCCUCUUUCAGAUCUCUCGGGCGAUGAGCGCGCCGAUGUGAUCCCCCAUCAGCGUCUCACUAUCAACAACUCUGCCGCCAUUACCGCCUCCAUCAAGCGCAUCUCCUUCAUCACCCCGCAGACUCCUUUCUCCGAACACAACUCCCUCGUCUCGAAAGAGCCCAUUGAAGUGCCCGACCCCGAUGACGACCUGAACCGCGAGCUGGCCUUCUACAAGGUCUGCCAGUCCGCCGCUGCCCAGGCGCGCGGCUUGCUGAAGAAAGAGGGCAUCCCCUUCACGCGGCCCGGUGACUACUUUGCCGAAAUGGUCAAGAACGACGAGCACAUGGGCAAGAUCAAGAAGAAGCUGUAUGACGAGGCCGCUGCAAAGAAGGCUGCCGCGGAUGCCCGUCGCCAGCGUGACCUGAAGAAAUUCGGUAAGCAGGUUCAGAUCGCCAAGCUGCAACAGAGACAGAAGGAGAAGCGAGAGACUCUGGAGAAGAUCAACAGUCUGAAGAGAACAAUUACCAACCCCAGUCCCACUUUAGAGCGCGGCAACGAAGGAACUACCGGCCCAGCCAACGACGAGGAUCUCUUCGACAUCGCUCUUGAAGAACCCACCAAGGACAGGAAGCACUCUGCCGGCGGUCCCAACCUCAAGCGUCAGAAGAAGAACGAGAAGUUCGGCUUUGGCGGCAAGAAGCGACACAAUAAGAGCGGCGACGCCAUCUCCAGCGGUGACCUGAGCAAUUUCUCAGCGAAGAGGAUGAAAGCCGGCGGCAAAAAGGCUGGCGGCAGUAAGAGAUUGGGCAAGAGCAGAAGAAAAGCCGGUAGAGCUUGAUCGAUUGAUUGAUUCUUUCCAUUUUGUCUGAGGGAACUAAAAAAAAUUGGGUCUGGUCAUAUUGUAUACAUCCUGUCUUGUCCUCUCUGGGACAUUAUUUCUUCUGUCUAGUUUCAUUUUUCUUUCCACAUACAUACCGGUCGGUGUCAACAGUGAAUG